UUGCCACUUUGCGGGGCUGACUCCGGGUCUGGCCGUUGAUCCUUCUGUCCUCACGGCCGUACAGCCAAAGCUACCGUCUCGCCUUCGCCGCUGGGGAUCGGCCCGGCGCGCACUCGGCAGCACCAUGAGACUUGGGACUUGCCUGGCGACUUUGGCCGGACUUUUGCUAACUGCAGCGGGGGACACGUUUUCAGGUGGUUGCCUCUUUGAUGAGCCAUAUAGCACCUGUGGCUACAGUCAAGCUGAAGAUGAUGACUUCAAUUGGGAGCAGGUUAACACCUUGACCAGACCAACUUCUGAUCCAUGGAUGCCAUCAGGUUCUUUCAUGCUGGUGAACACAUCUGGGAGACCCGAGGGGCAGAUAGCCCACCUGCUUUUACCUCAGCUUAAAGAAAACGACACCCACUGCAUCGAUUUCCACUAUUUUGUAUCCAGCAAGAGUAAUUCUGCACCCGGCCUACUCAAUGUCUAUGUGAAGGUCAAUAACGGGCCCUUGGGAAGUCCCAUCUGGAAUAUAUCAGGAGACCCAACACGCACAUGGAACAGGGCAGAACUUGCCAUUAGUACUUUCUGGCCUAAUUUUUAUCAGGUUAUUUUUGAAGUGGUGACUUCUGGACAUCAAGGCUACCUUGCUAUUGAUGAAGUGAAGGUGUUAGGACAUCCAUGCACCAGAACUCCCCACUUCCUGCGGAUUCAGAACGUGGAAGUGAACGCCGGCCAGUUUGCCACCUUCCAGUGCAGCGCCAUCGGCAGGACUGUGGCGAGCGACAGUCUCUGGCUGCAGGGCAUUGACGUGCGUGACGCUCCCCUGAAGGAAAUAAAGGUGACGAGUUCCCGAAGAUUCAUCGCUUCAUUUAAUGUUGUGAACACAACAAAACGAGACGCUGGAAAGUACCGCUGCAUGAUUCGCACCGAAGGAGGUGUUGGGAUAUCAAACUAUGCAGAAUUGGUAGUUAAAGAGCCACCUGUUCCCAUCGCUCCACCCCAGCUGGCCUCCGUGGGAGCGACCUACCUGUGGAUCCAGCUCAAUGCCAACUCCAUCAACGGAGACGGGCCCAUCGUGGCCCGUGAGGUGGAGUACUGCACAGCCAGUGGGAGCUGGAAUGACCGGCAGCCUGUGGAUUCCACCAGUUAUAAAAUUGGGCACCUUGAUCCAGACACAGAAUAUGAAAUCAGUGUACUCCUCACCAGGCCAGGGGAAGGUGGCACUGGCUCUCCUGGACCAGCUCUCAGGACAAGAACCAAGUGUGCUGAUCCCAUGCGUGGUCCAAGAAAGCUGGAAGUUGUAGAGGUCAAAUCUCGACAGAUCACUAUCCGCUGGGAGCCAUUUGGCUAUAACGUGACCCGUUGCCACAGUUACAAUCUCACCGUCCACUACUGUUACCAAGUCGGAGGACAGGAACAAGUGCGAGAAGAAGUGAGCUGGGAUCCAGAUAACUCCCACCCGCAGCACACCAUCACCAACCUGUCACCAUACACCAACGUCAGCGUCAAACUCAUCCUCAUGAACCCCGAGGGUCGCAAGGAGAGUCAGGCACUUGUCGUGCAAACGGAUGAAGACCUCCCAGGGGCCGUUCCCACGGAAUCCAUCCAAGGAAGUACCUUUGAGGAGAAGAUAUUUCUUCAGUGGAGAGAACCCACCCAAACAUAUGGUGUAAUCACAUUAUAUGAGAUCACCUACAAAGCAGUCAGUUCCUUUGACCCAGAAAUAGAUUUAUCCAAUCAAAGUGGAAGAGUCUCAAAAUUGGGAAAUGAAACUCAUUUUCUGUUUUUCGGACUGUAUCCUGGGACCACGUACUCAUUUACCAUCCGAGCGAGCACAGCUAAAGGCUUUGGGCCUCCAGCAACAAACCAGUUCACCACCAAAAUAUCAGCACCCUCGAUGCCAGCUUAUGAACUGGAGACACCUUUGAAUCAAACUGACAACACAGUGACAGUCAUGCUGAAACCUGCUCAGAGCAGAGGUGCACCUGUCAGUGUCUAUCAAAUCGUUGUUGAGGAGGAACGUCCCCGAAGAACUAAAAAGACGACGGAAAUCUUGAAGUGCUACCCAGUGCCUAUUCACUUCCAGAACGCUUCCAUACUGAACUCGCAGUACUACUUCGCUGCAGAGUUUCCAGCAGACAGCCUCCAAGCGGCUCAGCCUUUCACCAUUGGUGAUAAUAAGACCUAUAAUGGAUACUGGAACACUCCCCUGCUCCCCCAUAAAAGCUACAGAAUUUACUUCCAAGCUGCUAGCAGAGCCAAUGGGGAAACCAAAAUAGACUGUGUGCGAGUGGCCACAAAAGCUGCGAUAAUCGUGACUCAGCUUACAACACCUUACAUUCGCAUCGCCCCUGCUGCAGGCGACGGCCAACUAACAGGAGCCGCUACUCCAAAACCAGUCCCAGAGCCCGAGAAACAAACGGACCACACUGUUAAAAUUGCUGGAGUCAUUGCUGGCAUCUUGCUGUUCGUUAUUAUAUUUCUUGGAGUUGUGUUGGUAAUGAAGAAGAGGAAACUGGCCAAGAAGCGGAAGGAGACAAUGAGCAGCACCCGGCAGGAGAUGACCGUGAUGGUGAACUCCAUGGACAAAAGCUAUGCUGAGCAAGGCACCAACUGCGACGAGGCCUUCUCGUUCAUGGACACGCACAAUCUGAAUGGGAGGUCUGUGUCCUCACCCUCGUCGUUUACGAUGAAAACCAACACUCUGAGCACAUCAGUGCCUAAUUCCUAUUACCCAGACCCAUUUGUGCCAACUGCAAUUUUAGAUGAAACCCACACAAUGGCCAGUGAUACCAGCAGCCUGGUGCAGUCCCACACCUACAAGAAGCGGGAGCAGACAGAUGUGCCCUACCAGACCGGCCAGCUUCACCCCGCCAUCCGAGUGGCAGACCUCCUUCAGCACAUCACGCAGAUGAAGUGUGCUGAGGGCUACGGCUUCAAGGAGGAGUAUGAGAGUUUCUUCGAAGGACAAUCAGCACCAUGGGACUCUGCGAAGAAAGAUGAGAACAGAAUGAAGAACAGAUACGGGAAUAUCAUCGCCUAUGAUCAUUCCAGGGUGAGGCUGCAGACAAUUGAAGGAGACACCAAUUCAGACUAUAUCAACGGAAAUUACAUUGAUGGCUAUCAUCGACCCAAUCAUUAUAUUGCUACCCAAGGGCCAAUGCAGGAGACCAUCUAUGACUUCUGGAGGAUGGUGUGGCAUGAGAACACCGCCAGCAUCAUCAUGGUGACCAACCUCGUGGAAGUGGGAAGGGUCAAAUGCUGCAAAUAUUGGCCAGAUGACACAGAGAUAUACAAAGACAUUAAAGUUACCUUAAUAGAAACAGAACUGCUGGCAGAAUAUGUGAUCAGAACAUUUGCUGUUGAGAAGAGAGGCGUUCACGAAAUUCGCGAGAUCAGACAGUUCCACUUCACUGGCUGGCCCGAUCACGGGGUCCCCUACCAUGCCACUGGCCUGCUGGGGUUUGUCCGGCAGGUCAAAUCCAAGAGUCCGCCCAAUGCUGGCCCUCUGGUGGUACACUGCAGUGCCGGUGCGGGGAGGACUGGCUGUUUCAUUGUCAUCGACAUCAUGUUGGACAUGGCUGAGAGGGAAGGAGUGGUGGACAUCUACAACUGCGUGCGGGAGCUGCGGUCACGGAGAGUGAACAUGGUGCAAACAGAGGAGCAGUACGUGUUCAUCCAUGACGCCAUCCUGGAAGCCUGUCUUUGUGGAGACACAUCUGUCCCUGCCUCCCAAGUCAGGUCUCUCUACUAUGACAUGAACAAACUGGAUCCACAGACAAAUUCAAGCCAGAUCAAAGAGGAGUUCCGGACCCUAAACAUGGUGACACCGACGCUGCGUGUGGAAGACUGCAGCAUCGCACUGCUGCCCCGGAACCACGAGAAGAACCGCUGCAUGGACAUCCUGCCCCCGGACCGCUGCCUGCCCUUCCUCAUCACCAUCGACGGGGAGAGCAGCAACUACAUCAACGCCGCCCUCAUGGAUAGCUACAAACAACCUUCGGCCUUUAUAGUCACCCAGCAUCCUUUGCCAAACACAGUCAAAGACUUCUGGAGACUGGCCCUGGAUUAUCACUGCACGUCGGUAGUUAUGCUGAACGAUGUGGAUCCUGCCCAGUUGUGUCCACAGUACUGGCCAGAAAAUGGAGUCCACAGGCACGGCCCCAUCCAGGUGGAAUUCGUGUCUGCUGAUCUGGAAGAGGACAUCAUCAGCAGGAUAUUCCGGAUUUAUAACGCAGCCAGGCCCCAAGAUGGAUACCGGAUGGUGCAGCAGUUCCAGUUCCUGGGCUGGCCGAUGUACAGGGAUACGCCCGUGUCCAAGCGCUCCUUCCUGAAGCUCAUCCGCCAAGUGGACAAGUGGCAGGAGGAGUACAACGGUGGGGAAGGCCGCACAGUCGUGCACUGCUUGAAUGGCGGAGGUCGCAGCGGCACGUUCUGUGCCAUCAGCAUCGUCUGUGAGAUGCUCCGGCACCAGAGGAGUGUGGACGUCUUCCAUGCUGUGAAGACGCUGAGGAACAACAAACCCAACAUGGUGGAUCUCCUGGAGCAGUACAAGUUCUGCUACGAGGUGGCCCUGGAGUACUUGAAUUCCGGCUGAUGGCGUCCACCAGCCUGCAGGCAAAGCCCUCUAUACCACAGGGUCGAGACGGGCCACGGUGUUCCUGUAGGAGAGAUGAAGACUUCUCAAUAUGCUUAUUUGUGCUUUGCAUAAUUGGCUCUUUUUAAGAGCCCCAGAGCGCAUUUCUAAAACCGCUUGCACUGCCCAAUUCCCAGUCAUGCUGCUGCUGACGGAAUCACACGCCCAGCCAGAUACUGUACUCCCAGUUGCCGGCUUGUUAGAGCAGCGUAGACAUCUGGUCAACCGAAGAGCACAAUUAUAUUCUUAUGAAGGGUUUUGUACCUUUGGGGGAUGAUUUCGGGGCCCAUGAGCCUCUGUUGUUGCCGCUGAGUGUCCGUCUUUGUUCUGUGGAGAAUGCUAUCUGGCAUUAUGAUGAUAUAUUAUUUUACUGAAUAUUUGUAUUUUAACAUGUUGCAUAAUAGAAACUCCUGUAGCUUUUCAGAACUAACAGAUAAACGUGGAAUGGAUAAAGAGAUGUUGUAUGAGUUCCUGUUUCUAUCAGAUUUGUAUUGUGUCCAAAGGAGAAGCUUGGGAGGACUCAGCUCAACCCAUGUGGGACCCAACGAUCAGAGAUCCAAAGCUUUUCUGUGUGUUUAUACUGUAAAUAUUUUUGAUUUCAUCAAAUUAUUUAUUCAUUAAAAGAAAUUUUUGUGAAGCACAGUGAGUGACAAUCAUUUUUAUCAAGUCCUGGAAUUGAUGUCCUGUAUGAUGUUACCUUGUGUGAAUUCUCAAUAAAUGAUGGCCCGUGACC